AAGAUGAAGUCUCUCGGUGCCUACCUGCUACUAGGCCUCGCAGCCGCAGUCUACUGUGUGCCUGUCUCCAAAGUAACGGUGCAAGAUGAAGGUUUUGCAAAGGGUUACCUGAAGAGAUUCUUCAACCUGACAGAGGAGAAAGACCCGUCGUCUCGGAAAGGAGCCGACCGAAUGAGCAAGAAGCUGAGUGAGAUGCAGAAAUUCUUUGGUCUCCGGAUAACAGGCACUCUGGAUGACGACACCCUGGAGGUGAUGAAGAAGCCCCGCUGUGGAGUCGCAGAUGAAAAGAUUGCCCUAUAUUCGACUUUUGGAGACGGCCUCAAGUGGAACAAAAACCCCGUCACAUACAGGAUUGUGAACUACACCCCCGACUUGUCUCAGGCAGAGGUGGAUGACUCCAUUCGAAGAGCUCUGGAGGUUUGGGCCAAAGUCACUCCUCUGACGUUCACAAAACUUACCAGUGGCACGGCUGACAUCAUGAUCUCCUUUGCUCGCCAAUCACACGGUGAUAACUACCCCUUUGACGGGCCUGACGGGACCCUCGCCCACGCCUUCGCUCCUUCUCCUGACAUCGGAGGGGACGCUCACUUUGACGACGACGAGACCUUCACAUUUCGCUCAAGUACAGGCUACGUCCUCUUCCUGGUCGCUGCCCAUGAGUUCGGCCACUCUCUGGGCUUGUCCCACUCUGAGGAUCGCUCUGCUCUCAUGUACCCUCUGUACUCAUACAAAGACCCCAACACCUUUGUUCUGCCCCAGGAUGAUGUCAGAGGCAUCCAGUCGCUUUAUGGUUCAAAUCCUUCUGGAGACACCACAAUAGCUACAACAGGUACAAGUCCUUCUGGAGACACCACAAUAACUACAACAGGUUCAAGUCCAACUUCAACAGGUUCAAGUCCUUCUGGAUACACCACCACAACUACAACUCAGGCUCCCACCAUCCCUGAUGUCUGCAGCUCACCUGUGGAGUUUGACGCUGUCACCACCUUGAAAGGAGAAAUGUUUUUCUUCAAGGACAGCUACCUGUGGCAUAGCAGCUCCCAGAGCAGCACACCGCAAAAAAGUCUCAUCUCAAGCUUCUGGCCCAACGCCCCAACAAGCGUCGAUGCUGCUUACGAGAACCCAGGGACUGGCAACGUCUUACUUUUCAAAGGUUCUAAAGUAUGGGCCUUCUCUGGAACCCAGCCGGUACCGGGCUACCCGAAGUCCCUCUCUGAAUUCGGUCUGCCAAGUUUUAUGAUGAAAAUCGACGCUGCUUUUCACAAGUCUGGGAAAACCUACCUGUUCUGGGGGGGCUACUUCUACUUGACUUACGAUGAAAGCAGAAGGGCUGUGGAAUCGUUUUCCUGGGUGAGCGAGACGUUUUCCGGAAUGAACAACAAGGUGGCAGCAGCCACAGAGAAAGAAGGUUAUGCUCACAUCUACAGUGGCCCCUACAUGUACAUGUAUGACCUAGGGAGCGGGACGUUGCUACGUGUGCUGAAGAGCACCUACCUGCUUGGCUGUAAUUAGCUUACGCCGCUUCAUUUUUGCCAUUACGUAGCUUUUCAUCUUAUCUAAGAAUGUACUUCAUGUAGAGGUGGUGGGAUAAAAUGUAGGCAUGCACUCUUCUGAAUUAAAAAAAUAACCAAAAAAAUAAAAAAAUUUCAUCACUUAGUUGGAGCUGUAAACAUUAUUUGUCCAAUGAAAGUGUGAAUAAAGAAGAAAGAAUCAUCAUUC